UAGUAUGAAAGAUCGGUAUCAUCAUCAACAAUGUCGGGAGCACAAGGAGCAGAGCCGAUGGGGUCAAGAACGGCGACAACUUAUGAGUCGGUGGAAGGAGGACAGAACAAGACUAAGCUUGAUAUAAUUAAGGAAAACAGCAGAAAUGUCAAGAACAUGAACAGGCUUGGAGGGAAUGAUAUUGGAAGUGUGAAUAAAGGUAAACAAAUAACAGAGGUUGUGAAGACUGUAGGAGAUGCUUGGGAACGUCUUCCCGUGUUGCAGAACUUGAGGUCCAAAGGGUUUUCGACGCUUACUUGUAUGGUUAAAAACUGUGGACCUCAGAUUUUGAACUGUCUUUUGGAUCCGAAUUGUCGAAAAGCUCUUCAGUGUUUGAACCAAUGUAGUCCUGUUGAUCAGAAACACAAUUGUUUAGAACUGGAUGCAAAGAUCCCUGAGAAGCCUUAUGUGCCUCCCAUGACGAGUUUUCGAAGGAAGGAGUUAUGUCAUGAUACAGCGGAAGACUUGUUUGUUGGAUGGUUAGGGGAAUUGGAUUGGAGCCGGCGUGACGUGGCUGGACAAAACCCGGCUUAUGAUCAGUUUCAAUGGAAGCUAGUGUGGAGAAGGAGGAGAUACUUGGUUAAGAGAGGAAAGAUCCCUGCAACCUUUCGUUUCAGCGUUUUGGACAAUGGUGUGGUGUCAAAUGAGUUUUGGAUUAUUGUUGAUGUAUCGGAUGAUCUAAGUUGGGGACUGUUCCAUUACAAUGGAGCGGCUCGUGUUGUAGGACAGUCUUACACCGGAGGCUGUGCUCGUGACACCGGAUGGUUCCUACCCGGCAGAGAAGGAAAAGGAGAGAUUGAAGUCUGCAUUGGAGAAAUGUGGGAUUAAGGAGUGGGAACUCUUUGCUGUUGACAAUUGUUCUUGCGAAAAUCCGCCAUUGGGGAUGCCACAAGACUCUAGACUACAUUCGAGAAUCAGUAUCAUAACCAGACUCGGAAGAAAAAUUCAACUAAUUU